AUGGAGGUCUUCGGUUCCGUGUACCUGUGGACCCUCGCCUCAGUGGUGUGGCUGGCAGUGUCAGUGUCACUGCGCUACGAUCCGAUCCGAUCCGAUGCGUAUAUCCAAAAAGAAAGAUCCAGUCCGCACGAGUCAACCAUUCAUUAUCUUUGGGAGAGGCCACUAAAACGAGUUCGUGUACGAAACACAAACCGGUCUACUCAUUGCUAUCUCUCGCACGUAAUAAGCAUGCUAUCGCUUUCCAAGACGCUGCUCUCGCCUACCUUGCUACUAUUGAUAUCAGCAACGUCGGUUGUGUCGUUCCAAGCUCACCACGCUAUCCGAACGAUAGAAACACGACAGCGAGGUACUCCUGCACGCGGGGUAACCAGUACAGCUCUAAACGAUAGCAGCAAGCCUUACGAUUUAGCGAUUGUUGGAGCUGGAGUGGUGGGGGCUUUGGCAGCUGUUACCGCCGCUCAGGCACCCUUCCACAAACGCGUCAUUCUCAUCGAUGCUCCUACGGCAUCGGGGACACUCCAGUCGCCUAGUGGACAAGAUCUAAGUCUUGGUGGACCAACCGGCCUCUUUAGUAAGGCCCUACGGGAUACGUCCAAACGAAUUAAAGUAUCGACCUUGCGGGGAAUGGGUUUGCGGGAAGACUCUGUUUGGAACGAAAUUAUUAACUCGUGCGUGGAUUUGGCCGCGAGUAAUUCGGAAGACAUUGAGCGACAACUAGAUAUGGCGGGAGUCACUUUCUUACAAGGAUUUGCCGCGUUUGCGGAUUCCGGUGGGACGGACAAUCUAGUCGUUUCCCAAAAGGACGGAUCCAGUUCGAUUGUCAAGGCCGAACGGGUUUUGUUGGCCACCGGCUCGCAACCCUUCCGCCCGGGCGGGGUGCCCUUUGAUGGAAAACGGGUUUUCGACUCGGAUUCCAUCAACGGGCUAAGCUAUUUGCCCAAAUCGGUAGCCAUUACCGGGUCGGGCAUUAUUGCUGUUGAGUUUGCUAAGAUUUUUCGCAAUCUCGGUGCCGAUGUCACACUCAUUAUUCGCGACCAAGUUCCCCGGAAUGCACUUAUGAAAAUAGGGCUAGACAAAGAUGUUGCAGCUACAUUGGUGGCGGACCUCAUUAGGUCCGGAAUUCAUAUCGAGCGCGGUGCACAAGCGGCUGACUUUGAAGUCCCGACUAGUAGCGACCGUGCACCCAUUCGCAUUGCGCUCGAAGCCAAGGGCGGGGGUCCGCGGGCACCGGGUCUACGCACCGAACUCAAAUGCGAUGCCUACCUGGCUGCUGUGGGCCGCAAACCAAACACAGGCAAUCUGAACUUGAACGCAGCCGGCAUCCAAGUAGAUGAAUAUGGUGGCGUGCUGGUGGACUCGCAACUCUGUACGACCGCGAAUGCGGGCAAUGUGUACGCGGCCGGGGAUAUACUCGGUCGUCCGUUUUUGGCCUCGACUGGUGUCGCACAAGGCAAAGCAUCCAUUACCUCCAUGUUUGGUGAAAUGUUCAAGGAUUCCGGAAAAUCUGUACCCCAAUGUGAAGAUGGCGAUACAUCUUGCAUUGUGGACGGGAUUGCAUCGGCCGGAAUUUCCUUUGAUCCAGCCUCUUUGGCCUCGAAUCCGUUUGCCUUUCCCACUGGUGUGUGGUCGAGCCCAGAAGCUGCAUACUACGGACUUUCCACGCAACAGGCCAAAGACAUGGGCAUUGAUGCCGACGAGGGUAUGGCUUUGUACGCGGAAUGCUUGCGCGGGCGAGUCUUCAGCCCCAACGGUCUGCUAAAAAUUGUCUUCGAAAAACCGGCUGGUCGUAUUCUUGGAGUCCACAUUUGCGGAGACGACGCUUGCGAACUCAUCCAUUACGGCAUGGAGCUUGUCAAGGGUCGAAGAACGGUUCUGGAUUUGACCGACAGCUUAUACAGUGCGGUAACCUUUCACGAAAUGUACCGCAUUGCUGCUCAGGCGGCCCUUGAUCAAGCCGGAGCGCGUAAGCGAAGGGCUGCUGCCGGACUCGCCUUGGCGAAACGCAAUCGACAGGUUGUGCAAAAGUAAGAUUAGCAAACGUGACACAGGAUACACUCUAUUUGGGCAAAUGCUAGAAUUAAUUAACAUUGAAGGGACCAAAAAAGGUAGCUUUCUACUUGCCAUGUCCGAAAAAAAUGCUGACCAAAAAGUACAGAUUUCACUGCAGCAUACGUACAGCGCGGGUGUGAAUUACCUAGCGACAUCGGCAAAGCCGCGUCAGUCGUGCUUUGCUGUUUUGUCCAUUGAUGACGGAGGCUUUCAUUUUGUAUCUGUAACGGCGGGGAUCUCGGGAUGAGAGCGAUGGGAAGACAAGAAAAAACGACAUGCUUAUUGGGAUGCAAUAUCAAUUAAGUACAACCGGUUUCAAACCGUCCGGGAGUUUCAUCGGACGCACUCCCUAGAGAUUUGUGAAUGCGUAUAGUAGAACACAUAGAGUUUUCCC